AUGUUCGAAAUCAACGUCCUCGUGCUUCGUUUCCUGGACAUCAUGCAAGACCCCGUAACUGUCUCUUCCGACGACAUGGACAAUAUCGAGUGGUGGGUAUUCUCUGAGUACCGCCCCAUAUACCCCAUCACCAAGCUGCCCUCUUCGGCGCCAUUUACCUCACCACUCCCAAUAGAUGUGAUACAUAAAUCUUUGGUCGCGCCGUCGUCGCUACUAGUCAAGAUCUCGCCGGUGACUCACGCUCCACCAUCCCAGCCGAGUCAGCGGCUGUACUCGGCGGACCCCAAAAUUCGAGUCAGUGGUCCGAAUCAAUCUCCGCCAAGCUUGGUUGUUUUACAUCUCUCCGGUGCUCGCCAUUCUCAAUCGAAGUCUAAUUACUGGAUAGCCCUUGAAAUACCUGAUGAUGUAGUGACCAAGAUGACCUUUGAGCAGGAUGUGGCACCACAAAAUGAUGCUUCUGAGAUAUUGAAAGACUCAGUGAGACAUCGGAUAUUGCAUAGGCUCACUUCCACGAGCAAAUCUCUCAGGUUGAAGAAUCACAUUGUCGACAGGGCAAGCUUGUCCAUAUCGUAG